AUGCCCGCCGCCCCGUCCCCUUCCGCACCCCUCAUCCCCCCCGCCCCCGCCACCUCUCCCCCCGCCCCGCCCGCCUCCUCCUUCCCCGCGUGCCCCUUGACGGGGAAGCUUCCGCAGAAGCCCAAGGUGGUACCGUCCAGGUGUCCCGCCGCUGCUGAGCUGUCGUGCUGUGAUUCGUGCACGGAUCUGAACUCGGCCCUGAUGCUCGUCGGGUCGACGCUCGGCGACCUCGUGGCGGCUAUCGACCCCGCGCUGCUGGAUUUUAUCAAUGCAACAAUUAAGAUCUGCGACUUGUUUGCCGGCCAGAUCAAGUGCGCGCAGGCCAUGGAGGACCUCGUGUGUGCCGCCCAAUGCAACCCGGACGCCGGAAUGUACAUCAAACCCGCCGCCCCUGCUGCUGCUGGCGCUAAUGCUACCCAUCAUGACCGGACCACCCAGUACCCUCCCUACAUUGCCUGCUGCGACCCUCUCGCCGUCCCCCCCACCUGCCCUGCUACAGCCAUCAACACCACUCGAUACGCCGCCAUCAUCAACCGCCCAGUCAACUCCUCCUCCUGCCAGGCUGGAAUCCUCCCCCCGCCCGCCCCUGCCCCCGCCCCUACUGCCCCUCCCGCCCCUGCUCCCCCUGCUCCCGCCCCUCCUCCUGAAUUUUCACCUGUACCCGCCCCUGCCCCCGCCCCUGCUGUUGACGUUCCUCCCACCUCUCCUCCCACUUCUCCUCCCACCUCUCCUCCCACCUCUCCUCCCACCUCUCCUCCCACCUCUCCUCCCACUUCUCCUCCCACUUCUCCUCCCACUUCUCCUCCCACUGGCCUCCCCGUCGUGCCCAGCCCUCCCUCCCCAAUGGCUUCAGCCCCCCCUCCCUCUACUCCUCCCUCCUCUCCUCCACCCAUCACUACAUCCCCUCCUCCUCCGAAGCCUGCCUCCCCGCCUCCAUCCACCUAUGUCACCCUUCUCUCCUCUCUUCUCUCUGCUGGUGUUGCCCUGCUAGCACCUGCACUGCUGCUGUGA